UCAGUCGCAAACUAUAAUCUGACCUAUAAAUACCUGAAAUUGAUUCAUCCGUCAUCAGAACGGCAACGGACCUCGUAGUUUAUUUAACGCAGCAACAUACUAGUGGUCGCCGACAGGUCGCCGGAAUUUAGUUCCCAGCAAUUACUCGAGCGGAAAUUAGUUUCUCUGCAAUUACCCACUUUUUAGCUAUUGCUCAGAUGGCAGACCACUUAAAUAUGGAGAUUGAAGAGGAGGAUGAUUAUGUUGAGUAUGUACCAGUUACAAAGCGCAGGGCAAUUGAGGCCCAAAAGAUCCUUCAGCGCAAGGGGAAAUCUGAAGCAUUUGAAGAAGAAGAGGAGAAAAUAAAGCUUGUUGAAGUGAAACCGAGUUUACUUGUCAAGGCAUCUCAGCUCAAGAAAGAGCAACCUGAGAUAAGUCAUGCUGAACAAGUGUUUCAACAAGAGAAGGAGAUGAUUGAGCAUUUAUCUGAUAAGAAAACGUUGAUGUCUGUUCGGGAACUAGCCAAGGGCAUUACUUAUACAGAGCCUUUGUGCACUGGAUGGAAGCCACCCUUAGCCAUCAGACGGAACUCAAAGAAAGCUUGUGAUGCCAUUCGAAAACAGUGGCAUAUCAUUGUGGAAGGGGAUGAUGUUACCCCACCAAUCAAGAACUUCAAGGAUAUGAGGUUCCCUGAACCAAUUCUGAAGAAACUCAGAGCAAAGGGUAUUAUUCAGCCAACGCCAAUCCAAGUGCAGGGGCUUCCAGUAAUUUUAUCAGGUCGGGAUAUGAUAGGUAUAGCUUUCACAGGUUCAGGUAAGACAUUAGUUUUUGUGCUGCCACUUAUCAUGGUGGCAUUGCAAGAAGAAAUCUUGAUGCCUAUUGCCCCUGGGGAAGGACCAUUUGGCUUGAUUAUUUGUCCAUCUAGAGAGCUUGCCAGACAGACAUAUGAAGUUAUAGAACAGUUUAUAGAACCUCUGAUGGAGAGUGGCUAUCCGGAAUUGAGGCCUUUGCUGUGUAUUGGUGGAGUUGAUAUGAAGUCCCAAGUUGAUGUUGUGAAGAGGGGAGUUCAUAUUGUUGUUGCUACUCCUGGAAGACUGAAAGAUCUGCUAGCGAAGAAGAAAAUGAACCUUGACAACUGCAGAUACUUAACGCUAGAUGAGGCUGACAGACUGGUAGAUCUUGGUUUUGAAGAUGAUAUUAGGGAGGUGUUUGAUCAUUUCAAAGCUCAAAGACAAACUCUUCUAUUUUCUGCUACAAUGCCCACAAAGAUCCAAAACUUUGCAAGAAAUGCACUAGUUAAACCAGUAAUUGUGAAUGUGGGCAGAGCUGGAGCAGCCAAUCUUGAUGUGAUCCAGGAAGUGGAGUAUGUGAAGCAGGAGGCCAAGAUUGUUUACCUUCUCGAAUGCUUGCAAAAAACACCACCUCCUGUUUUGGUUUUCUGUGAGAAUAAAGCUGAUGUGGAUGAUAUCCAUGAGUAUUUGCUCUUAAAAGGAGUUGAAGCUGUGGCUGUUCAUGGAGGCAAGGAUCAAGAAGAGAGAGAAUAUGCAAUUGCAGCUUUCAAAGCAUGCAAGAAAGAUGUUUUAGUUGCCACUGACGUUGCCUCAAAGGGGCUGGAUUUUCCUGAUAUCCAACAUGUGAUUAACUAUGAUAUGCCUGCUGAAAUUGAAAACUAUGUGCACAGGAUUGGACGAACAGGACGAUGUGGAAAAACAGGAAUUGCCACCACAUUUAUUAACAAGAACCAGAGUGAAACAACUCUGCUUGAUCUAAAGCACUUGCUGCAAGAAGCAAAGCAGAGAAUCCCUCCAGUCCUUGCAGAACUCAAUGAUCCCAUGGAUGAUGUAGAUGCCAUCACAGAUGCAAGUGGAGUAAAGGGUUGUGCUUAUUGUGGUGGGCUUGGUCAUCGUAUCCGGGACUGUCCCAAACUAGACCACCAAAGAAGCCAACAAAUUGCAAAUUCAAGGCGGGACUACUUUGGCUCUGGAGGUUAUCGUGGAGAAAUUUGAUUCUAAUUUUCGUUUGUUUACUGUAACAUGCAAAAUAUGUUAGCUUAUUCUGUACCUUGUGACCAAAUUCAGUAGUUUUGCCACAAAUGUAGUUCUAUUACGUAUCUCACAGUAAUUACUGAAGUUAUAGUUUCUACAUUGUUCUUGAAUGUAAGACAUGGCAUAUAAUUUGCAGCAUACAUGUUUCAAGUCUAAAAUAUCAAAUCU